AUGUCCGUUUUUAUCUCAGGUGCCACUGGUUACAUUGCUCGUCACAUCGUUGGCCAAUUGCUCGACCAAGACUACAAAGUGAUCGGGACAUGCAGAACCCAAGCAAAGGCCGAUCAAUUAAUGAAACAGUUCGGUAACAACCCUAACUUGGUCAUGGAGAUCGUGGAAGAUAUUUCUAAGCUGGACGCAUUCGACAGCGUGAUUCAAAAGCACAGCAAAGAAAUCAAGUACGUUUUGCACACAGCUUCCCCUUUCUUCUUCGACACUACAGAUUUUGUCAAAGAUCUUUUAGUUCCCGCUGUAAACGGGACUAAAGGUAUCCUACAGUCCAUCAAGCAGUACGCGGCGGACUCUGUGGAACGUGUUGUGGUCACAUCCAGUUAUGCUGCUGUGUUCGAUAUGGACCGUGAAAAUGAGAAGGAUCUUGUUCUAACUGAGGAGUCUUGGAACCCAGACUCUUGGGAACAUUGCCAGAGAAACCCUGUUGCUGCAUACUGUGGCUCCAAAAAGUUUGCAGAACAGGCUGCUUGGGAAUUCCUAAAGGAGAAUAAGGACACGGUCAAAUUUAAACUGGCCACUGUAAACCCAGUCUAUGUUUUUGGCCCUCAGAAGUUUGAUGCUGACGUGAGCCAGAAGUUGAACACUUCUUGUGAAAUUGUGAACCAGUUGGUUCACGCCACGCCAGACACCGAUCUAACUCCUCUAAGCUUUUACGGUGGGUUUAUCGAUGUUCGUGAUGUUGCAAAGGCCCAUGUGCUGGCUAUCCAGAAGGAUGAGUUGCUGGGACAGAGACUAAUCCUAAGUGAGGGCCGUUUCAACACCCAAGACAUUUUGGAUGUUUUGAACAAGGAUUUCCCAACAUUGAAAGGUAAACUGCCGGUCGGUAAGCCAGGGACUGGUACGGUGGUUUGUGAUACCGGUGCCACUAUCGACAAUUCCAAGAGUAAGAAACUACUUGGUUUCCAAUUCCGCUCAUUGGAGGAGACCAUUGAUGAUACAGCGUCUCAAAUUUUGAAACACGAAGGGAACCUAUAA